AUGGACAACCAACAGGAAAAUGUAGCGGAUAUAGUUUUAAAAAUGCAAAAGUUUUCAUGGGUCGACUAUGUUGUAUUUGUAUUUAUGUUAGCGAUAAGUGCCUUUGUUGGUGUUUACUGGGGAUUCAUGAAGAAGCAGACGACACAAAAUGAUUACCUCCUUGGUGGGCGAAAUAUGAAAAUUCUGCCGGUAUCCAUGUCGUUAGUCGCCAGUUUUAUUUCUGGAAUAACCCUUUUAGGCUCUCCAACAGAAGUGUAUAUGUACGGUACCCAAUAUUCUUAUAUUAUUAUUGGAAUAUUUCUCAUGUCCGUAUUCAUGACGCAAAUUUACUUACCAGUCUUUCACGAAUUAAAAAUGACGUCCAAUUAUGAGUAUUUGUCUUUAAGAUUUGAUAAUAAAGUGCGUUUGUUUGGUUCGAUGCUCUUCGUCUUUGCUAUGGGUGGUUUACAAGCAGUCGUAUGGACUGACGUUAUACAGAUCACAGUAAUGUUGGGAGCAAUGGCAUUAGUUGCAAUAAAAGGAACUCUAGAUGUGGGCGGGUUUGAUGUUGUAUGGCGUAGAAACAUGGACAGCGGAAGGAUUGAAGCACCUAAUUGGGAUUUCAACCCUACCGCUCGUCACACUUUUUGGAACUUGGUGAUCGGAGGAGUAAUAUACUGGCUGCAAGCAAAUGCCGUUAACCAGACAAUGGUGCAGCGGUACUUGGCGCUUCCAACUCUACGUGCUGCAAAAUGGUCAGUGUGUCUGUUUUGCAUUGGAAUAUCAAUAUUAUAUUGUUUCUGCCUAUACUGUGGUUUGUUGAUAUACGCAAGGUUUUACAACUGUGACCCGCUUCAAACAAAGUUGGCGAAAGCAAAGGACCAGUUGUUGCCACUUUUAGUGAUGGAUGUACUUGGGGAUUUGCCUGGGUUACCUGGCGUUUUUCUUGCCGGCAUAUUCAGUGCAGCGUUAAGUUCCCUUUCGACGAGUUUAAAUUCGAUGUCUGCGGUUGUACUUGAAGAUUUUUAUAAGCCGUUUUACAAGCGACAGCUGACAGACGCACAGACAAAUUGGUUAUUACGAGGAGUCGUUGUCUUUAUUGGUGUAUUGUGUUUAGCACUGACGUUCGUCGUUGAAAAACUUGGUACCAUUCUUCAGCUAACGAUGACAUUAGAAGCUAUAACGAUGGGUCCACAGCUUGGUGUAUUUACUAUGGGCAUUUUGAUGCCAUGGGUUGAUGCUUUGGGAGCUUUAGUGGGAGGUCUGGUUGGAUUAAUUCUAAUGGCUUGGUGGUGUUUAUCUGCUCAAAUGGCUAUUGCCCGCGGUCACAUAUCCCAUUUACACAAACCUCUUAGCGUUGGUGGUUGUAUCUAUAAUUACACUGCUGUUCUUCACACCAAUAUUGACGUACAAGAAAGCGUGGAGGUUAGCCCAGUACUUCACGUGUCGUACAUGUGGUACACACUCACUGGUUGCUUAAUAACAAUGUCUGUGGGUAUGCUUGUCUCCGGCGUUAACAGAGCCAGUGGCAAAGCGUAUGUACCACCAGCACCAAAGCUUCUUGCCCCACAAAUAAGAUCACUCUUUAGAGAUCCUCCGCAUCCGAGUGAAGACCCUUUUAUAAAUGCCUACGGCACUAAAGAGGGAGGUCUAAAAGCUGUGGUGUGGACUGAUGUAAUCCAAACUAUUGUGAUGAUAGGCGCCAUGAUAUUAGUUAUCAUCAAGGGAACUAUAUUAGUCGGUGGAUUUGGGGAAGUUUUUCAUAGAAAUUGGAACACUAGUAGGAUCGAAUUCCCUCCACUAAAUUUUGACAUGACAGAGCGGCAUUCUGUGUAUGCUGUCACAAUUGGUGCGACGUUUCAUUGGAUUGGAAAUAUUGCUGUUAAUCAAUCAAUGAUGCAAAGAUUCUUGGCACUAUCGGAGUUAAAGUCUUCAGUGAAAGCAGUUUGGGGUUUUCUUAUCGGAGUUGUAUUUAUCAUAUGUUUAUGCGGGUACAGUGGGUUAUUAGCCUAUGCCAGAUAUCACGACUGUGAUCCUUUAAAUUCUAAAUUGGCUUUAGCAAAGGAUCAGCUAUUACCGGUUCUUGUAAUGGAUGUUUUGGGUGAGUGGAAGGGCUUACCUGGUGUUUUCGUUGCUGGCGUUUUCAGUGCAGCCCUGAGUUCACUAUCUACUGGACUAAAUUCUAUGGCCGCUGUAGUUCUGGAAGAUUUCUGGAAACCAUUUUCUAAAGAACUAACUCGUCGUCAAACUCAAUUCAUAGUGCAGUCAGUUGUGAUUGUUUUUGGAUGUAUUUGCGUCGGUCUAGUAUUCGUAGUGGAAAUGUUAGGACCCGUUUUGCAAUUGACAAUCAGUCUCUCUGCUGCAUCUAUGGGACCGCUGGCUGGGAUUUUUCUUAUGGGAUUAUUUUUGCCGUUUGUUGACGGAACUAGUGCCCUCAUAGGUGGGAUAAUGGGAUUAUUUUCUGGAGGAUGGAUCGCAGCGCAAUCUCAAAUGGCGCAGGCGCAUUCCUCACUUGUUUAUGUAGAAAAAGAAAGAUUUACUUACAACUGCACCUAUAUUUUCGACGAAGUAAAAUCUAUACAGAGGACGGAUGGGUUGGAUAUUCGUUUUCAUGAUAAUUAUAUUUUAUUUAACAAGUAA